AAGAAAUUUAACGCGGGUACUUUGAGUGUUGUGCUAACGGCUACAAACAGUUAGCCCCGGUGUAGCUGGGCUCAGGUUUUUCGGUGAGAUGGAGUCCGCAGAGAGCCGAUAUGCUCACCUGCUCCAGCCGAUCCGAGAGCUCACAAAGAACUGGGAGAUCGACCUGGCGUCAGAGCUAAACGACUACUUAGAUGAGCUGGAUGACAUGUGUAUCACCUUCGAUGGUGGGAAAACCAGGCUGAACUUCGCAGAGGCUGCGCUGCUCAUCCAGGGCUCCGCCUGCAUCUACAGCAAGAAGGUGGAGCUGCUGCACAGCCUGGUGUUCCAGACUCUGGAGUACAUCAACGACAAGAACAAGAAACGCAACAAGCAGGCAACAGAGUCUCAGGAGGGUGACGGCAGAGCAGUGAGCAGUCAUGAUGCUGACAACUUGGAGGAGUUUUCUGCGUUGGACCUGGAAGUGUCGGACCGAUCUGAGAGGUCUGACUCCAACACGACUGUGGACGUGCCGCCUCUUCCUCCGGAGUCUCUGAUUGCACCUGAAACCCAAGAGAAAAAGAAACUGCCCCUCAUCAGUGUGAAAGGUGAGAUCCUGUGCAGUCAGAGGGACUUCAGGAUCAACCUGUUCGUCCCAGGUGAGGGCGACAUGAUCCUGCUCACAUUCAGAUCAGUUGCUUCCACUUCCCUGCCUCACAGUGACUCCGCUCAACUAGAGACCCAGCCCCCAGAUGCUGUGGUUCCAGUGGAUGUUGAAAUGGGCAGAGCUGAUGCUGUGGAGGGUGGAGGCGAUGCAGCAGACGAUUUCCUCCCCUUAGAGUUGGACAACAUGGAGCAGGAGGAGGAGCAUGUGGACCGAUUGCAGGCUCCGAGUGAUGGUCGAAUGAUCCGAGAGAGGCAACAGCUGGAAGCCAACAAACCGAGGAGAGAGGAGCCGAUUCCUCCUGCUGUGAAUGUUUGGGCGUUCCAUGACCCAUAUGCCAUGCUUGAGGAGGACAAACCGCUGAAACCAGGGAAGUGCUACAGAGUUCCCGACGGGCUGGACGACUGCGGGAAGAGGAAAAGGAAACGAGCCGCUUUCCUUCGGGACUUCAGGAGCUGGUUCAGAGGAACCUUUGACCCUCCAGAGCACAAGUUGAAAAAUGGACCCACAUUUACAGACUUCAACUACAUCUACCUGAGCACGAUCAAAGACAAACUCAAAAAUCAGAAGAGGAUCAACAGAAGAGCCGGCGUGAUGAUGUCUGACGAGGAGCUGAAGAGGACCUUCCUACAGCCAGAGGGGGUGGGGCCUGGUCAACUGGGGGAGGAGCCUGUGGAAGACUUGAGACAGGACCUGCUGGGUGGGGAUGAUGACGCCUCGGACAACGAGCACGACGCCUUUCCCGAUGACGUCCCAGCCGAGUUUCUGGGUGGACCGGAGCACAUUUUACCUGAAGCUCACCGAGAUGAACUGAGUUACGAGGAUCUGGUGAAGCUGCGAGUGGAGCAGCUAGUGGUAAACAGUCGUGGUUACACUCAGGAGACAGCGCUGUCUCGGAGGGUCAAAGACUGGGAGGAGAAGAUCCGUCCUGAGUUGGCACUGCAGGAGCAACGCCCAGCAUUUGACAUCCAUGAUUACGGAGACCGCAUCGUGAGAGCGCUGAGCGGCGUUGGAUGCCGCAGAACGUUUGCAGCCCUCGUUCAUGGUCUAGACAACUUUGAAGCCUCAAAGUACCUGCUGGCCUCCCUGCAGCUGGCAAACGACUACACUGUGGAGAUCGACAGUUGUGCCGGUUUGGAGGGAAGUUUGGACACAAUGGCUCUGACUCUACUGAGCAUGCACAGAGCAACGGACAGAUUUGACACGCUGAAGGCCUGAAUG